AUGGCUGCUUUGGAAGAUAAGUUUCCACAAGGCCCCCUGGAACAGAGUUUGAGAACGACCGUGCUGAGCAAAAAAGAUGCUCACCAGGAGGCGGAGACCAAGAAACCGGUUCUGUGGACCAUUCCAGAAGGUGUGGGCCGCAUAGAGAAUGCCCGGGGUAUCAGUCCGGCCUCCCCCAAUGCUCAGUGCUCGCACAACAAUGACAUAGUGCGAUGGCUGCAAGCCCUACAGUGUGCUAGGUGCUGUACAGAGAACGGAUAUCUCUGGAUGGAGAGGGGCAGUAGAGAAACAGAGCUGAUUGUGUCCCGAGCCUGGAUCUUGGAUGCCGGAGAUGCAAGCUGGUCUAGGAUGGCCCCAGGAGAGGCCUCCCUGGGCUCCCUCGUGCUGCUGGGGCUUGUGGCACUCCAGGCCCACGCGUGUCCUGCCACCUGCCGCUGCUACAGCAUGACUGUGGAGUGUGGCUCUCUGGGCCUCAAAGAGCUCCCGGCCAGCAUCCCCCCCUCCACUCAGACGGUUUUCCUCCAGGACAACAGCAUCACACAGAUCCACCAGCAAGACCUGGCGUCUCUCUCGGGCCUGCAGUACCUCUACAUGCAGAACAACACCAUUUCAGCGCUGGAGCCCGGCGCCUUCCGCAGCCAGGACCGGCUGCUGGAGCUGGCACUGAACGGCAACCGAAUCCACCUCAUCAACAGCAGCAUCUUUAAAGGCCUGGAGCACCUGCGCGUCCUCUACCUGGCUGGCAACCAGAUCACCCGCCUACCAGACUUCACCUUCUGCGACCUGGAGAGGCUACAGGAACUUCACUUACAGGAGAACAGCAUAGAGAUUCUCGAGGACCAGGCACUGGCUGGACUGUCCUCGCUGGCCCUGCUCGACCUCAGCAAGAACAACUUACGCACCAUCAGCAGGAUGGCUCUCCGGCCCCUCAUCAGCCUGCAGGUGCUCCGGUUGACAGAGAACCCUUGGCGAUGUGACUGCUCGCUGCACUGGCUCAGUAACUGGAUCAAGGAGGACGGGCAGCGGCUCUUGAGUCCUCUGGACAAGAAGAUCGUGUGCUCUGAGCCGCCACGCCUGGCCUACCAGAGCCUGAUGGAUAUCUCAGGCAACAGCUUGAUCUGUAUCCCACCAGUUGUGCAAGUGGAGCCACUGGAGAUGACGGCACGACUGGGAGACGACCUGCGUGUCUCCUGCCAGGCUUCAGGCUACCCACAGCCGUUGGUGACUUGGCGUAAGCUAGCUCACUGGCGAACGGGGGGCUCCAGGGCCAAUGGUGCCCGGGUGCCCGGUGGAACCUUUGAGUUGAGCGAGCGCAGCGUGGGGGAACGCUUUGAGCAGUCGGACACAGGCAGUGGGAUGCUCUUCCUUAACAACGUGACGGUGGCCCAUGCAGGCAAAUACGAGUGCGAGGCUUCAAACCCGGGAGGGACAGCCCGAGUCCUCUUCCACCUCAUGGUCAACCUCUCUCAGCAGCAGCAGCAACAGCAGCAGAUUUCGAGGGGCUACCCAGCUUCCGUGGACAUCAGCCAGGAGCCCCUCUAUGACAUGGAAAGCAUGGACUUCAACGCGCUCAGCAUGGCCACACAGACUGCCAUUGCAGUGGCCAUCUCCCUGCUGGCCCUGGUGGCCCUUCUUCUGGUGAUCAUGAUCUACCGGAAACACCGCAAGCGGGAGAAGGCCAAGAAAGAGGAGAACAUCCUUUAUGUCAAUGACUACUCAGACGGGCCCACCACUUUCGCCCAGCUGGAGGAGUACCGUGACGAGAGAGGCCACGAGAUGUUCGUCAUUGACCGCAACAAGCCCCUCUUUGCCACCUACAAGGACCCUCAAGGCCUGGCGGGGGUCUUCCCUGAACAGCUGCAGGACCAAGCCACCCAGACCUUGGAAGGGGAAGGGGACUGCCCGCCAGAAGCCAGCGAGCUCUUCGUCAACCAGGGACUGAUGUUCCAGCCUCAGAUUGCUUAUGAAAUCCACUGCUGA